AUGGUCUUCAUCUACUUGGGUAAAAAGGCCUACCGCGCUAUCCAGGCCAAGAAGAACGCCAACCAGACAAAGACAGCAAAUACACCGAACGCCGCUAUAGCUGAGGGGGAAAUUCCAGAGGAUGUCGCCAGCGAGGGCGCCACCGACCAACACAUCGGCAGUCAGGGCAAGGUAGAACGAACGACGAGCAACUCAACAUGCAACCACCAAUACGACACGACAGCUGGAGCAUGUCCGACCUGCAAGUCUGAACGCAAGGCACGAUUGGUCUACAGAGUCAGGAUCUUCGCAGGCCUACUUCUGCCAUUCGUGCUGCAAGCUCUGGAUGUCACUAUUGUUGCGAGUGCACUUCCUUGGAUCGCAGCCGACUUUCGUGAAACUAGUCAGCUGAACUGGAUCAUUGCCGCCUUCAACCUCACAUCCGCUGCGUUCAUUCCCUUCUGGGGCCAAAUUGCGGAUAUUUUUGGGCGUCACACCUCCCUCCAGACCUGCCUGGUCCUGAUGCUCAUCGGCAGUGCGCUUUGCACCGGAGCCCCCACCUCCGCCUACGCCGUGCUCCUCCUCGGCCGCGCCUUUCAAGGACUCGCCUGCGCUGGACUGAAUGUUCUGGUUCGAAUCUGCAUCGCAGACCGAGUGACGCUGCGCGAGAACGCCAAGAACUGGUCCAUCUUCUCCUUCUUCGGUGGUGUCAUCGGCUGGGGACUUGGUCCUCUGAUCGGAGGCCAAAUCACUUCAAAGUCUCACUGGAGAUGGUGCUUCGGACUCAAUCUGCCCAUCGCUUUCGCCAGCAUGCUCAUCAUCUACUUCGUCCUCCGCUCCGAACUUCUUGGGCCUCAACCGAUUCCCCAGCUUGAUGAGACGACAGAAACGGGCAGACGCACCACCUUUGCGAAGCGUCUUCAAACGAUCGAUGUCGGCGGCCAGUUUCUCUUCCUGUUCGGCUUCGGUCUGUUGAUUCUCGGCCUUUCAUGGGCCGGCGCAACGUACGCCUGGGACAGCGCCGCGGUGCUCGUCACCCUCAUCUUCGGCUUCAUCAUCAGCAUCUUAUUCAUAGUCUACGAGUACCACAUGGCUCCCGGCAAGUUUCUCGCUCGUCAUUUCCCUUCCCAAAAGGCCAUGAUUCCGUGGGAGCUAGUCCGCACAAGGGACAUUGGCCUCUUAUUCUACACAUCCUUCGCCACCGGCAUGGCAAUGUACUCGGUCCUCUACUUCUGCAACAUCUACUUUACGAUGGUAAAGCUCUGGUCAGCCGACCAGGCCGGUACGCAGCUGCUGUACUUUACGCCUGGAUUGGGCGUCGGAGUCUACGUCUCCGCCUUCAUGUGCAACUCCUGGCCUAGGAAGACGUUCCCUCCCAUCUUCCUCGGCUCCAUCUUGGAGAUGGUCGGUAUCGGCUUGGUUGCCUGGGCCAUAUCCACCGAGCACGACCCGACCGUCUACGGAAUGAUGGCCCUCACCGGUGUCGGCACCGGUCUCCGUGUCAUGCCGGUUCCCCUCCAUGGUAUCGGCCACUUCCCUAAGAAGAUUGCAGCUGUCGUCUCCCUCAUGGCCGUUGCCUACCCCUUUGGAGGCACUGUGGGCUUGACGAUCUUGACCACGGUAUACAACAAUGUGUCCGGCAUCAGCAACGAUUCCCCUCUGAGAGACUUCACCACGUUGAAGAAUUUGCCGGCUGCGGAGCAAGCUGCAGUCACCCACGACGCCAAGAUGGGUAUUGUCUGGGCCUACGUCGCCAUCUGCCCCUUUAUGGUUAUCUGCACAAUUACUGCCUCAUUCCUGGGCAACGUCUACAUUUCCAGGACCGAGACACUCCGGACCGCCCCUUCUCGGCCAUAUCUUAUAACCCGCGCUGCAUCUCACACUCCCCGCCCACUUCCCUGCGACUUGACCGCAUCUCAUCGUUCCGCCAUGACAUCCCAGAUCGAGAACCCCCCGCCCCCCCUCCCGGACGAGGAAGCCCACCUCAAGGCCCUCACGUCCGCCUCAAAGUUCUGGCUCGAGUUCUCCGUCUUCAACGACGGCCUGGACGCCUCGCGCGCGGCGUCACUCACAUCCGCCGCCGCGGGGGCGCACGAGCACUUCCACCGCUUCCCGGACCUGCCCCCGGAGAUCCGCCUCAAGAUCUGGUCCUACCUCGUCGUCCCUCGCGUCGUGACGGCGUGCUGCUUCGAGCGGGACUCGCGCCUGCCAUCCCGCCGCCAGGCCUUCCUCGACCGCUCCGGCGGCGCCUCGAGGGCGGAGGAGCCGGCAAAGGAGGGCGUCGUGUUCAACCCGACGUGCCCCGUCAUCCUCCGCGUCUGCCGGGAGUCGCGCGCCCUGGGGCUUGAGCACUACGAGCUCGCCUUCGGGUGGAGGAUCUCGGCGCUGCUCAGCCACACGCCCAUCGCGCGGCCGCCGCGGGCGUGGUUCAACUUCCGCCUCGACUCGCUGUACCUCGUCGGCGAGCUGGAGGCGUACGACCAGUACGGCUUCAACUCGCCCAUGGUGUACUUCCUCAAGAGGGAAGACACGAAGAGGGUCAAGUACGUCGCGUGCGCCUUUGAGGAGCUGCACUACCCGGAGCAGGAGUCCGACCAGAUCUUUGGAUGCCUGUGGCACGUCGUGGAUAGGUUCUCCGGCGCUAGGCGGCUGCUGCUGGCCGUCACGCCGAGGGACGAGGAGGGGAUGAAGGGGUGUCUCAUGCUCAGCACGGAUAACGUGAUGCAGAAGAUCUGGAACGGCUGGAUAUUGGGGACGACCGUGACAACGUCCAGCCUGGCAGACACGCAGAUUUUGCUAGUGAGGGAGUGUGACUUGGCGGACACCAUGGUGUCGCAUGCUGAGGAGGAUGAGAACAAGAAAGCGAGGCGGUGA